AUGACUGAAAAUAAUAACUCGAGGGGAUGUGAACAGCAUUAUAACUGCAGUCUCUGUCAAACGACGGAUCACGAUCACUUAACACUAUUCCACGCCCCUGCGAAGAGGAAACCCUAUAAACGAAUGGGUUCCGAAGGAUCAUCACGGGUGAUUGUUCCAAGGAACUUCAGAUUAUUAGAAGAGCUUGAGCGAGGCGAGAAGGGAAUAGGUGAUGGAACAGUUAGCUAUGGAAUGGAUGAUGCUGAUGAUGUGUACAUGCAGUCAUGGACUGGAACUAUAAUUGGUCCUCCUAAUACUGUACAUGAAGGACGCAUUUACCAAUUGAAUUUAUUUUGUGGGAAAGAAUAUCCAGAAAAGCCACCUAAUGUGAGGUUCCAGACCCAGAUCAAUAUGAACUGUGUCAAUGAUGAAACUGGUGUGGUUGAACCAAGUCUUUUCCCCAUGCUUGCUGACUGGCAAAGGGAGUAUACAAUGGAGGAUAUAUUAAUGCAAUUGAAAAAAGAGAUGAUUUCUCCUCAAAAUCGAAAAUUAGCUCAGCCUCUAGGCAAUGAAGAUGGUAGGAUGGAUCAAAAAGGAAUAGUUCUGAAAUGUUGUAUUCUAUUAGGAUUCAACGGACGAAGACGACUUCGUCUGGGAGCUGAAGGAAGACAGAUCGGUCUUGGAUCUAGAAACGGAGCGUUAUUUCUUGGAUUUAAAGAGCUUUUUGGGAACGAUUUUGAUGAACUUCAUGGUGGACAUUGUACUGAUUCAAACGAAACAGAAGAGAGAGAAUGUAAGGUGAGGAAGAUAACGCCAUAG